AUGAGAUUUGCGCUAGAAGAAGUCAAUAGAAGAUAUGACCUUCUACCCAACAUCACGAUGGGCUUCCAGGUCUAUGACACAUGUGCGGCGCUGAGGAAGGAGAUGGUGGCGACACUGCAGAUGUUGGCGGGUCAGACAGAGGCAAUUCCAAAUUACAGCUGUCAGAAGACCUCGCGUCUUGCUGCUGUCCUUGGUCAUUCGUUGUCCAUGACGUCCAUUCACAUGGCUCAUAUGCUAGGUCUCUACAGAUUCCCACAGAUCAGUCAUUACUCAACUAGCUCAGCCUUGAGUGACCGGACACAGUUCCCUUCCUUCUUCAGGACGGUCCCCAGUGACUCCUUUCAAUCCCAGGGCCUGGCCCAGCUGGUGUUACAUUUUGGAUGGAACUGGGUAGGACUGAUCGCUACGGGAAAUGACAAUGGAAUACAGGGGAUCCAGGUUAUUAAGCAAGAGAUCCUUAAAGCUGGAGCUUGUGUGGCCUUCACCGAAUUUAUCCAGUCUAACCUCCUGGACAAGAACAUCCCCUUCCUCACUAAGGUUAUCAAAAAUUCAUCAGCCAGAGUUGUGGUCAUCUUCUCGAAUGACCUGUUCUUUGCCCUGCUUUUGGAUGAAAUGAUCAAACAGAAUGUAACUGGGAAGACAUUUGUGGCAAGUGAAACAUGGUCUACAUCGACUAUAUUAUUAGCAGAUAAAUAUUCCACCCUACUCGCUGGUUCCAUUGGAUUUGCCUUUCAUAGCUCAACAAUCCCUGGUUUCCGGCAAUAUCUCACCAGCGUCCGUCCUAGCACGUUAGAGAAUAACUUAAGUAAAGCAUUCUGGGAAAGAAUGUUUGGAUGCAAGUUCAACGACACGAAGAAUGUCUCUGGGUCAUGGAACGGUCCCACCAAGAUAUGUACUGGAAAUGAGGAUUUACAAGGAGUUGAGAAUGUAUACACAGAUGUGUCCAGUUUAAGAAGCUCUUACAAUAUCUACACGUCCGUCCAAGUCAUAGCUAAAGCUUUGCAUGAUCUGUACGAAUGUGAAGAAGGAAGAGGACCUUUCUACAGAAGAAGCUGUGCAAGUAUCAAGCACUUCAAACCUUGGCAGCUGCGCCACUACCUCCAAAAUGUGCAUGUCCAAUUGAGCAAUGGAAGAGAGGUCCUGUUUGAUAGGAAUGGGGACCUUCCUGCUGUGUAUGAUAUCGUGAACUGGCAGCUGGGCCUAGAUGGUGUCAUGAAGCAAAUUAAGGUGGGAAGUUAUGAUAUCACUGCCGGCGACGGAAACUUCUUUACUAUCAACAUCGGUGCUGUCAAGUGGGCUACAGGAACAAGUCAGGUUCCCAUCUCUGUGUGCCGCCAGAGCUGCCCUCCAGGCUUCAGAAAAGCAGCCAGAGAAGGAGAGCCUGUCUGCUGCUCUCAGUGCGUCCCGUGUCCACAAGGAGCCAUCUCCAAUGAGACAGACUCAGUUGAAUGCCUUGAGUGUUCUUGGGACACAUGGCCAAACUCUCAAAAAGACAAAUGUCUGCCAAAGACUACAGAAUUCCUCUCCUAUGAAGAGCCGCUGGGUACCACCUUAACUGCUACCAGCGCCAUGUCUUCGACGAUUCCAAUUUCCAUCUUGGGUCUUUUUAUACAUUACAAAAAUACACCGAUUGUGAGGGCAAACAAUUAUUCUUUAAGUUGUCUUCUCCUGGUGUCCAUAUCCUUAUGUUUCCUCAGCUCCUUGAAUUUCAUUGGCUCUCCACAAGUUGAGAAAUGCCUCAUUCGCCAAGUUGCGUUUGGCAUGGUCUUCGCCCUUUGCAUCUCUUGCAUAUUGGCUAAAACCGUUAUGGUGGUUUUUGCUUUCAUGGCCACCAAACCAGAUAGCAGCCUCAGAAAAUGGACCAACGCACGAGUCUCCUACGUGAUUGUCCUCAUCUGCUCUCUCGUACAAUUUAUUUUGUGUAUGUUGUGGAUAUCUAUCUCUCCUCCAUUUCCAGAGAAAAAUAUCAUAACACAACCAGGAAUUAUUCUCCUUGAGUGUAAUGAGGGCUCUCCGACUGCCUUUUGGUGCAUGUUGGGAUAUCUUGGCCUCCUAUCCACCAUCAGUUUUGUUGUUGCCUUCUUGGCUCGAAGACUCCCUGACAGCUUCAACGAGGCCAAGUUCAUCACCUUCAGCAUGUUGGCCUUCCUCAGUGUCUGGGUGUCCUACAUCCCGGCUUCUGUUAGUACACGUGGCCAGUACGUCGUAGCCAUGGAGGUUUUUGCAAUCCUGUCCUCCAGCUGGGCUCUUGUGCUUUGUAUGUUUGCCCCAAAAUGUUUUAUAAUAAUUUUCAGGCCGAACAUGAAUUCUAGAGAGCAUCUGCUGGCAAAAGACAAAAGUUAA